ACAGCAUGCGCGAAACAGCCGUGUCUUCAUGGCCUUUUGCGUAAUCUACGGCGAAAAUUUGCAAGAAAUCGGGGAGAAGCUAUCGUCAGAGUUGGAUUGCCAACCUACAUGGGGAGAAGUUUUUGCUGAGCGUCAAGAACGAGCGAUUUCUGAAGCUGACGUAAUUGUUGUUCUUAUUGACGACAAGACUUUACGAGACAAGUCACCGGCGAACCUAUUUGACAUUCAGUUUAAUGUUGCUCGUGACAGACAACUUAGAGAAAAAAUCAAACUCUUACAGCCUGUUCUUUCGAACGUCACAGAAGAGCAAUUCCGAAGGGGAUUUCCCUUUUCUCUUCCCUGUUUACCUUCUCUUUGUGUAGCUCAAUCGGGCAUCGUGAGUGACAAGGAAAUAUCUGAACUAGCAGAUGAAAUACGAUCAAGAAAAUCAGAAGGCAAAAGUCCUUUGUGUUCUCCGUUGUUGGUGCACUUGAAUGCAUACGAAGGCGCAAGUCCCUGGAAUAUUAUGAGUAACCACUAUCCUCAGGCAAUACCUGUAGAGUUGUGCACAUCAUCUGAGUAUCAGGCUAGCAACAGGCAUCCUACAAGAUAUUGGGACAGAUGGAAAAUGAUUAUUGAGGACACGGUUGUCCAUCUUGCGGAACAAUGUGCCAAGGACGACGCAGAGGUACACAUUACAGGAGUCUCUCCUCUAUCUCUCUAUAUGUACUUGGGUAUGCGUCUCAAUCGCAUACCUAUUCGACUGUGGCACAUCAAAACCAUGCCUCUCGGUAACAGCUUGAUAGGAAAGGAUAGUACACCUGAUAUCUACCAUGUUAGUACUGGUGAGAGAAGUGAAGAACUGUUGCAAGACAAAUUGUUAGAAAUUUGUGAACAUGAUGAUAGCAAACUGCCUCAGCAAAAAGGUGAUCGCAAUCGUCCUGGACAAAUUGCUAUACUUGUUACUCUAAAUAGAGAUCAUGAAUUAUCAAAACGUGAUCUAGAAAGCAUGGCUUCAGAACUGAAAGAGAAGCAUCGUGAUAACUCGUCUAUAGUUAGUGCAUUUGUAAUUUGUCCAAGAACAGAAGGAAGGAUUGACAUGUAUGUCUCAAAUUUUGGCCAAAUUCAACAGGAAGUUUAUGAAUUAUUUCAACAAUGUCUAAGACGGGUAUCAAAAGAUGAUAGAAUUGGUUUGAAUUUGGUGUGUACAGGGCCUACACCACUGUCUUUCUAUUUGGGGACUCUUAUCCAUCCUCAUAUCCAUGGUGAUGUCUGGUGUAUGGAGUACCAAAAUGGAAAGUAUGUUGCAGCAUUGCAUUGCAACGUGUAGAGUGUCUAUAGCUAGGCUUGAAACAACUGUGUUGAGUUGAAUGUGAAACUAUACUGUACAUUAUAACUCAUGAGUACUUACUACAUAGUACAGUAUUCAGAAU